CCGGCAGCUAUAUCUUCUCAUCUCCCAAUUAAGCUUUCCUGCUAGCUAUAGCUCGGUGGAUAGCUGAUCAUCAACAAUGGCGGUCAAGUCUCUUCUUCUGCUGCUGGGUGCCGUAAUCAUGGGCUCCCUCCUGCUUCUGUCGCAGGAUGUAACUGCAGCUACAGGCUACGGAAACAAUGGUGGAUAUGGGAACGGUGGAAUGAACGGAAACUAUGGUGGAUACGGUGGAGCAACCGGGAACAACGGCGGAGGAUACGGAAACGGAAACAUGAAUGGUGGAGGAUACGGUGGAGCAACUGGAAACAAUGGUGGGGGGUAUGGGAACAAUGGAGGAUACCAGAGUGGUGGAGGCUCCGGAAACUAUAAUGGUGGAGCAUAUGGUAAUUCUGGGAACGGUAAUCCUGGUUACGGCGGUGGCAAUAGUGGCGGGUACGGCAACCCAGGUUAUGGUGGUGGCAAUGGCGGAUAUGCCAGUGGCGGCUAUCCUGGAGGUCAGAACGGUGGUUGGUACUAAGAAAGCUACCCGAUAUAUAUGUAUAUGUGUUUUAAAUAAGCAGUCAUGCAUCUGUUGAUGCUCGAUAAAGUGAUGGGUUCGUUGCAUGGAAAACAAAAAAAUUCCUGCGAGAAGUGCGGAAGAAAUCCAAGAUAAUAUCUACUAGA